AUGGAUCACAUCACCAACCGUGUAUUGAAUGAUAUUCUCUGCGAUUUGAAGGGAGAUAAUCGAAACAGCGUGUUAUUUGGCACACAGAGAUAUCUGGUCGGCGUCGGAGGAUUCCCCGGCUCCGGGAAGAGCUCCUUCACGAAGCAUCUCACAGAUAAACUCACCAGCCACGCCAUCAGCGCUGUGUGCGUGAGUAUGGAUGGCUGGCAUUAUACGCGUGAGCAGCUGUCUCAAUUUCCAGACCCAGCUGCUGCAUUUGCUAGACGUGGCGCACCUCACACUUUCGAUGCGCAAGAGUACACGCGCUUCAUCCACGCACUCAAGGAUGAACCCAGGGUAGCACUGCAAGCACCGACAUUCUCACAUUCGCUCAAAGAUCCGACGCCGGGGGGUGUGCAGAUCGAUGAGCACGUCGCUGUCGUCAUCGUAGAGGGCAACUAUGUCCUGCUAGAUGAGGAGCGGUGGGCCAGUGCAGCCCACACGCUAGACAGGAAGAUAUGGAUCGAUAUUGACCAAGCCAUGACCAAGCAGAGACUGGUAAAGCGCCAUAUCGAGUCGGGUAUCUGCAAGGACAUCCUCGAGGCGGAGGAGAGGGCCGAGAAGAACGACCUUGACAAUGGCCGCUAUGCAAGAAGCAAGUUGGUCGAGGGCACUGACGUUAUAGCCUCAGUGGAGGAUGCAAAUUUUGCCAUGGCACAGUGA